AUGGAGACCAAAGACUUUGGGAUUCUCAAGAAGGGGACGCUUGGCAAUGGCAUAGUCGAGCUCUGCACCUCCAAGAACAGUGUGUCGUCGCUGGUGGCUGCCGAUCCCACAUUGGCGGCGGGCGAUGCCUGGCAGACACUCUACGGGAAGUACAGCCAUACCAAGGACGCCGGUGACAAGGCCGCAACCUCUCAAGUCGACGACCUCCAGCGCGCCGCACAAUGCGGCAAAUGGGGUCCUACGCAGCCCAGCGAGCUCUUCUUGAAAAUCUACCGUGAUGUUCUGGUGGUUAUCGAGGAAAGCCCGGACCGGGCUAUGGUCAGCCCGUCACUGCUAGGCAGCUGCGGCGUAGCACCGCUGACGGUGAUCUCGACCAUCCCGGAUAUUGCACGGCACAUGGCCAAUGUCAUUGCUCGCGCCGAAAAAGAGGUCUUUCUGGCGACCAACUACUGGCAGGACAGUGUUGCCUCGCGCUACAUCACAAACGCCAUGCGUGAACUCGACCGCCGCGCUGGCGCCCGAGGCGAGCGCGUUGUCUUCAAGGUCAUGUACGACCGCGGCAGCCCUAAACAACUAGUCGACCCGCACUACCUUGUCGGUGUCGACGAGUACACGGGCAAAAACGUCAUGAUUCCAUCGCCCGAGGAGAUACCCAACAUCGACAUGCAGGUCAUGAACUACCACCAAGCGAUGGUCGGCACCUUCCACGCCAAGUACAUGGUCGUCGACCGCAAGAUUGUCAUUCUGCAGAGCAACAACAUCCAGGACAACGACAACCUGGAAAUGAUGGCUCACUACGAGGGCCCCAUUGUCGAUUCCUUCUACGACAUGGCCCUCAUGUCCUGGCACAAGAAGAUGGAGCCUCCGCUGCCGAGCUACAACUCGCCUGCCGCCGCCGGCGGGCUCAGCAUCGACGGUGUGGCACCUAGCCAAGCCAACAUCACACUGCCAGCGAAUGCCAGCACUGAACCACCCCCUGCCGCACGACAACAGCCGCAGACUACACCAGAUGCGGUACAGGCCGGCCCGACCGUCGACGCGAGGGGCGUGCGUGAGCCGGGUGCACUGGACGCAAAAGCCGCGUACGCACCUGUUGAGAGUGAUAACGUGCACCGCUCCGAUAUCGUCACCGGCCCGACGACCACUGCCAGCACGCUUCAUCCGCAUGCCUCGAAAACCAGUGGCGGGAGCAGCUUGGGCAAUCCAGAAAUGGACAAGGCCGCUGCUGCACAGAUUAAAGAAGGGAAUACGGGCAGUGCCGAGGGAACCCAGGAUGUUAUCAAAUCCAGCCCCAACAAGCCGAAUGGCCCGGACCCGGCCACUAUUUCCUUCUUGAGCAGCGGGAAGCAGCCAAUAUCGGCCGCGUCCAUCCACCAGCCCACUGCCCCCGACACACUCCUCCCACAAAGCACAAAUGAGCACCCGCAAUACGACAGAGACAUUGCAGGCGAGGUCUCCCGCGUGCAGACGUCCGUCUCGGCAAAGCCAGGUGAAACACAGAUGGAGGCCAUCAGCCGGCUGCUCAACCAUACCGUGAACCACCUCAGGGCCGAUGCGCCAGAACCGAGCGAGGGCGAGGAAAUGACACCCUACAUACCCCACGCCACCCACGAGCCGUUUCCCAUUGCCAUGGUCAACCGUCCUCCGUUUGGUCCUCCGACGCACUCGUCGGUGGUGCAGCCCCAGAACGCGGCGUGGCUUUCGGCUCUCAAGAAUGCGCGAAAGAACGUCUUCAUCCAGACGCCUACGCUCAACGCCGAGCCCUUGGUACCGGCCAUCUACGAGGCGUGUGAGCGGGGUCUCGACGUGAUUCUGUACGUGUGCCUCGGCUACAACGACAUGGGUGAGCUGCUGCCACGCCAGGGCGGCACCAACGAAAUGAUCGCCCACCAGCUGUACCAGGCCCUCUCCGAGACGGGCCGCCAGCACCUGCACUACUUUUGGUACGUGGCCAAGGACCAGACACGGCCCAUCCCGCAGAGCAAGAAGAAGCGGGACUGCCACAUCAAGCUUAUGAUUGUCGACGAGACGAUUGGCAUCAUGGGCAACGGCAACCAGGACACGCAGAGCUGGUACCACAGCCAGGAGAUCAAUGUCAUGCUGGAAAGCCCCGACGUCUGCCAUGCGUGGAUUGAUGCCCUGCGCCGCAACGAGAACACCCAUCUGUAUGGCGGGCUCGACAAGAAGGAGGGCGUGUGGCGCGACCACGAGGGGAAGGAAGCUGACGGUGUGCUGGGCAUCGACCCUGGACGCUUUAGCUGGGCCAAGGGCUUCGUAGGCGCCAUCAAGCGUGUGCAAGGCAAAGGUGGUUUCUAG